GUCACGUGAGGCGGGCGGCGCAAAGAUGGCGGCUCACCUCAGCUACGGGCGGGUGAACCUGAACCUCCUGCGGGAGGCGGCGCGCAAAGAGCUGCGCGAGUUCCUGGACAAGUGCGAGGGCUCUAAGGCGAUCGUUUGGGAUGAGUACCUCACCGGACCAUUUGGAUUAAUUGCACAGUACUCUCUUCUAAAGGAGCAUGAAGUGGAUAAAAUGUUCACCCUCAAAGAAGGUCGUUUGCCUUCAGCUGACGUGAAAAGUAUCAUAUUCUUUGUGAGGCCCAGACUGGAGCUGAUGGACAUCAUUGCUGAUAACAUUCGUAGUGAGGACAAACUCCGGACUGCUCACAGAGAUUUCCAUAUUCUCUUUCUGCCACGUCGAAGCCUCCUGUGUGAGCAGAGACUGAAGGAACAAGGGGUUCUGGGUUCUAUCAUCAACCUAGAACAAUACAGUCUGGACCUCAUUCCGUUUGAUAGCGAUUUGAUGUCCAUGGAAGCAGAAAGCGCAUUCAGGGAGUGCUAUCUGGAGAAUGACCAAACCGUCUUGUUCCACGUGGCUAAGGGCCUGAUGACGUUGCAGGCUCUGUACGGGACCAUCCCUCAGAUCUUCGGGAAAGGGGAAUGUGCCGGGUACCACGUGGCCAACAUGAUGCUAAGAAUGAAGCGAGAAUUCGCUGGGAGUCAGAACCAGAUUUUGCCCAACUUUGAUAAGCUCCUCUUACUUGACCGUAACGUUGACCUGUUAACUCCCCUGGGAUCACAGCUCACCUACGAGGGGCUCAUUGACGAAAUGUAUGGGAUUCAAAACACCUAUGUAAAGCUUCCUCCAGAGAAAUUUGCCUCCAAGAAGCAGAAUGAGAGCGGGCGGGACCUUCCAACUGAAGCCAAGAAGCUGCAGCUGAACUCUGGCGAGGAGUUGUACGCUGAGAUCAGGGACAAAAACUUCAAUGCUGUGGGCAGCGUCCUGAGCAAAAAGGCCAAGUUCAUCUCCGCUGCGUUUGAGGGCAGACACAACGCAAAGACAGUGGGUGAAAUCAAACAGUUUGUCUCGCAACUUCCGCACAUGCAAGCAGCGAGGACCUCCCUAGCCAACCACACCUCCAUCGCGGAGCUCAUCAAAGACAUUACAGCUUCAGAAAAGUUCUUUGACAACUUGACAGUAGAGCAAGAAUUUAUGUCUGGCAUCGACACUGACAAGGUCAACAGUUACAUUGAAGACUCCAUUGCACAGAAGGAACCCUUAAUCAAAAUCUUACGACUGGUUUGCAUGCAGUCGGUGUGCAACAAUGGGCUGAAGCAGAAGGUGUUGGAUUAUUACAAGCGGGAGAUUUUACAGACGUACGGUUAUGAGCACAUUUUAACACUAAGUAACUUAGAGAAAGCCGGCUUACUGAAAGCACAGACCGGGACCCGAAACAACUAUCCCACCAUCAGGAAAACCCUGCGCCUCUGGAUGGACGAUAUCAACGAGCAGAAUCCCAAUGAUAUCUCCUACGUGUACAGUGGCUAUGCUCCCCUGAGUGUGCGCUUGACACAGCUCCUGGCUCGCCCGGGCUGGCGCAGCAUCGAGGAGGUGCUCAAGAUGCUGCCAGGGCCUCACUUCGAGGAGAGACAGCAGUUACCCUCCGGUUUACACAAGAAACGCCAACAGGGGGAGAGCCGGGUGACUCUGGUCUUUUUCCUGGGGGGAGUCACAUACGCUGAGAUCGCGGCCCUCAGGUUCCUGUCACAGAUGGAGGAAGGAGGCAUCGAGUACGUCAUCGCCACUACAAAGCUCAUCAACGGGAACAGCUGGGUUCAGUCUCUGAUGGACAAACUGGAGCCAAAACUGUUCUGAAGAGACAAUUCUGAACACAAAUGGUUUGGAAAAGGAGAGCGAGCGAGCGAGCGUUUGACAGAGGUGGCGUUGGUAAAGCUUAAAAACAGCACAUUGGUGAGUGCAUAGAACAUGAAUCUCAAAGACUUUGCCACAUGUGAGUGCAGGUGGGUGUGAGGGCACCACUGCGCCCCACCACAGGACGAGGGAAAGUGACCGAGAGACCAGCGUGAGACCCGCUUCAAGCCACGAAUUGGGAGCCAACACAAGGCAAGGAUCCAAUCAUGUGCUGAAAAUCCCAUUGAGAAUCCAGUCUGCAGGCACAGCCCUGGUCUCUCAGUAGUUACUAACUGUGGGGCGGAGCAGACUGCGCCCACUGUUGAUUACAGCUGAAACUCCGGGUGAGGCAAAACCUGGACAAGAACUGUUGUGUUUGGCAUCUCAUAGCAAACUGGAGGCUGCGAUGGGUAAGGCACUUGUCACGCACAGAAUGUUGUGCCUGCUUAUCCUGGGAAGGUUCACAGUUGCACCUUAAAGCUUCUCUUCUGACUUGCACAGGAUGUCCACAAAGUCCUGUUAACCCCGCGUAUUUUUCUCUCCCCCUACAGUGCACUGACCCAACGGCUGAAACGUGCGAGAAGUAAGUGGGCUUUGUGGACACAUUGUACUUUCCUCUGCCCCAGAUCGAAACCAAGUCUUGAUCCGGUGCGGUUUAAAAACAAGCACCGCCUCUUUAAGCUUUUAUUAUUUUGAUGUAAUGUCCUUCCCAUUUGUUUACAACAAAUAUUUGCACAGCUUCAAAUAAAUAUGUUAUGGAAAUUGUGUGCGUGAGAAGCCAUUCCGCGGGCAGUACUGUACAGCGUGAAAAAUAAAUGUGAUAUUGGAA